UUUUGUAAGAGUGCACGUUGAAAAGCGUCUACCAAUCAUGAAGACGAUAUUUGCGUUAAUUGCGCUUGUUGCUGUGGCGAUAGCUCAUCCUUUGCCUCUGGUACAAAUUAUAGUUAAUGUUGAUGGUCCAAGCAAUGCCGAUUCUGUCCCAGAACCAAAACCUGAGCCAGUCUUAGUACCCGAACCCAUAGAAAAUCAGCCAGAGCCUGUCUUAGUUCCUGAGCCUGAACCAUCCCCAGUUGUUGUCCCAGAACCAAAACCUGAACCAGUCUUAGUACCCGAACCCGUCGAAAAUCAGCCAGAGCCUGUCUUAGUUCCUGAGCCUGAACCAUCACCAGUUGUUGUCCCAGAACCAAAACCUGAGCCUGUCUUAGUACCCGAACCUGUCGAAAAUCAGCCAGAGCCUGUUUUAGUUCCUGAGCCUGAACCAUCACCAGUUGUUGUCCCAGAACCAAAACCUGAGCCAGUCUUAGUACCCGAACCCAUAGAAAAUGAGCCAGAGCCUGUUUUAGUUCCUGAGCCCGAACCAUCACCAGUUGUUGUCCCAGAACCAAAACCUGAGCCCGUCUUAGUACCCGAACCCGUAGAAAAUCAACCAGAGCCUGUCUUAGUUCCUGAGCCCGAACCAUCACCAGUUGUUGUCCCAGAACCAAAACCUGAGCCAGUCUUAGUACCCGAACCCAUAGAAAAUCAGCCAGAGCCUGUCUUAGUUCCUGAGCCUGAACCAUCACCAGUUGUUGUCCCAGAACCAAAACCUGAGCCUGUCUUAGUACCCGAACCCGUAGAAAAUGAGCCAGAGCCUGUCUUAGUUCCUGAGCCCGAACCAUCACCAGUUGUUGUCCCAGAACCAAAACCUGAGCCUGUCUUAGUACCCGAACCCGUAGAAAAUCAAACUGAAUCCGAGGAAACUGAUAAUAUGUACUGGUAUUAAUCUUUGAGCCAAUAUUAAAUCCACGACCCAUGGAAGAAUGGAAGA